UCCUGGUUUCCUUUGUACUGAGCGUAUAAAUCAAGUUCUGUGCCUGAAAUAGGAGAGGAGCCUGGCGCUAAAGUAACUGUGGUGUCGAUGUCCCACACGUCUCUCCCACCCAGAAUGUCGAUUUCCCAUACAUGGGGAAACAACUCAACUUACUCUCGCGAUGACAGCCUGAGCUUGCCACUGACAACACCAUCACCUUCUGGUUUAUAUUAUGCAAAUAUCGUAAGCGACCAGCAGUGGUUCAUUGUCCAAGUGGUCAACGUGGUGGUCAUCUCUGGUCUCCUCAGUCUGUUCGGUGUGGCCUCCAACAUCAUCAACAUUGUGGUGUUUGCCAAGCAAGGCUUUCAGGACAGCAUGAACAUCAGCCUCAUGGGGCUCGCUGUGUCUGACCUGUGCUCCUUACUGUCCAUGAUAUGGAUAUGUAUCUGCGUGAACCCACUCUUUUACCUUUCUAAGUUGCCCUUUGACCCCAGGGAUAUCCUGUACCUCACGGGGGUCAUGCCCCAUUUCCUCUUUGUCAAAAUUGCCACGUUUAUCACCGCCUUCAUCACAUUCGAACGAUGUCUUUGUAUCGCUAUCCCUCUGAAGGUAAAGACGACAAUCACACCUGGAAGGACAAAGACAAUUAUUGUCUCUACCUACAUUACAUUGUCCCUUUUAAUGAUUCCCUUCUGCCUUGGAAACAGACUUGAGUGGGUUUUCGAUUACAGCAUGAAUUCCACUAUGCUAAAAACCACGUACACGCCCGAGAAAGAAAUGUUAGAAGCCAUUUCGUUUCUUGCCUUAGGGGUAUUAACAACGACGUUUUCUUUCGUCUUCGUCAUCUGCUGUACCAUCGUUCUUAUCGUCAAACUCAACAGUAAAACAAAAUGGCGUCAGACCACUGCAGCCAAGUCUGAUCGUGUGGCGGGAGGUGUUGGGGUCAAAGAUCAAAAGGUUGUGAAAAUGGUGACCUUCAUCGCUGUCAUUUUCAUCGUCUGCGCCGUACCUCCCACGCUCCUGUUUUUCUACAUGUUAUUUGACAUAGAUUUCCGAAUUGAUGGCUUCUAUAAAAAUCUCUAUCUUGUCAUAUGGUCUUCAGCAUUUCUAACAGAAACUAUCAACUCCAGUGUGAACAUAUUUGUGUAUCUGAAAAUGAGUUCGAAAUACCGAGCAGUGUUUAUGAAAACAUUUUUAAAGAAAGAGGAAAAAUAAUUUUUUUUUAAACUACAGAAGAAAAAUAAGCCUUUUUGUAAAGAAUAUUUCCAAGAAAAAUAGAUUUUACUUUAAGAGGAAAAGGUUGUCAUUUUGAUAAUUAAAGAUGAAAUAACAAUGUUCUUAAUAUUAGGUAAGAUAAUCUAUAUCUGUCUGCUCCGCUCAAUAUCAGUCGUAAGACGCACUGUGCUAUUGUCAGCUACCAGGCUCGAAAGGCACAAAAGUGACUUUUAACGAAAUUUUUGUGUUUUGGAUAUAAUGAAAGUUUAAUGUUUUCUGCUUCACUUAAGAUAAAA